AAACUCAUCAUGGCGAAUACGAGUAAUGUAGUCGUGUCAUUUGCCAUCGUCUUUCUGGUCUCUUUGUCGUCAAGUUCGGCUUUCACCAAGAAUACCUUGGAUACCUUUAAUGCCUUUGAGAAAAACAUCGAUGGAUUACCACAUCAAUUGAUUCAGCCACUUAUUCGGGAAAAGAGGCAGGAAGAGGCACAAGGCUUUCUGAACGACAGUCCUUUGGAAUUGGAAGAGGAAUUGUCGAACCCGAGACCCGCCUACGAGAGAAGAGCAGUCAACGCGGAAGAGGCAAAGGAGAUCGGCCAGAAGGAUGAAAGACAGAAGCAAAAGAAGCCUGAACCGAGCAACGACAUCGAAGAAGAUGCCGAGGAUGAUGUAUUCUCGUACAGGAAUAUGCACGAUCUCAUCCAAGCACUGAUUCUCGCCGAUGAGGAGGACAUUGCUGAGAGACUACAACAGUUGCGAAAGAAUACUCCGAAAUCCGAGGCGUUGAGCAAUUUGCCGAAACGUCAGGCGUCCGCGGCCGCGGCCGCAGCCGCGGCUGCGUCGGGCGGUCUUGUCGGGGGGAAUCUGUGGGACGUCAUUACUCUCGGCGAUCUUGACGGUCAUUCUUGCGAGGUCGAGGCCUUUUCGCAUGGUCACUUCCAUGUGUCAGGAACGAUCGUGCACGAGUUCUUCUGUGAACUCAGGAAAAUAUGGCAUUACGGCCUGCUCGUCGUGCGAAACUUCGUGUCCGCGCUUACCCUGGGGCCGUUGGUAGUUGGGGAGGCCAUCGGCGAGGGCAUCUUGGACCGCUUGUUUCACCACGGCUCGCAUAUUUUCCACGCCAUUAUCAGCGAGCCCCAUCACCUGCUACUUCUGCCAGACAUAAUUCACGACUGCGUACCGUUCCCAAGUAUCAUCGGGGCGAUUCACCGGGUCAAAGCGGUCUUCUUCAGGGUGCUGCAAUUCGGCUUCAAUCUCAUCCACGGACACAUUCGUCACGUCGUCGCGCACAUCUUCUCUAAUUUCCGCUUCUUUCUGCGAGAAAUAGUGCACCACUGGCUACACUUCGACACGAUACUUCCGCUGGAGGAGAUAGGCACAGUGGCGUCUGCGGCGACGGCGACGGCGACGGCGACGGCGUCGGCGGCGGCGGCGACAGCGACAGCGGUCAUUCCGGACUACCAUACAUCGUUGGGAGAAAUACUGUCUUCCUGCCGCGGCUUCCACGAUGGCUAUUACGCGUCAGGAAUAUCCAAUCUGCUUAGGACUGGUUUAAGGAGCUUCUCUCUGUCUUCGACAUUCUCCAGAAUCAGGUCGUACUUGCCGAGCUUUACAAUGCCCUUCUUCAAUUACUUUGGGUGCGGACCGGUGGAACAGAGUACCACGGUGACGACAUCCAGCGUCGCCAGCGCAUCGAGCUCCGUUGGUCUCGGUGGCUCGGUGAUAAGCCCGAUUGUAAACCAGUUUCUAAGCCCGAUUGUAAGCCCAGUGAUAGAGCCAACGAUAGUUCCUGCGGAGACCGAAGUUGCGAGCUCCGCGGCCACCGCCACUGCCACCGCUACCGUCGCCGAGACGCAUCCGGUGUUAUCCGUUGGACCGACGAUACUACCGACGAUAGUCCCUUCGAUUGUUCCUUAUGAAUCGACCUCAUCAAACGUGGCAACUGCGACGGCGACGGCGGCGGCGGCGGUGGCAUCGCCGGUAGUUUCAGACUACCAGACUAUAGCCGCACCGGAAAUCGCGGCGCCCGUUGUGCUGGGGGACACGGGAGUGACAGGCGUCUCCGCGGCUGCGUCCGCGGCCGCGGCCGCUUCCUCAUCCGUCGCUCCGGCCGUUGGACAAGUGCCAUUCAUCCUGCGCGAACGCAGACCCAGGCCGAUCCUGUCCGGCGUCGCACCCGCGGCCGCGACCGCAGCUGCGGCCGCGAGCGCGUCCGCUUCUACGGGCGGCGACACCCUGGCCAGGUACCCGUCUCGAUAUCGUGGACUCGAUCUGGACCUUGAUCGCAGGAUAAAUCCAUUGAUCCGUGCGCGAGUCAUCCCCGGUGCCUCGUCAGCCGCCGCAUCGGCAGCGGCAUCGGCCUCUUCGUCGUCCGCCGCGGCCAGUAGUGCAGCCAGCUCCGUUUCCACGGGUAGUUACAGCUUUGCCCUGCCAAGGGAACACAUAGUCAACGCACUCGGUCACGACUACCUGCUGCCGGGCGAUGUCAUCGCGGUCAGCCUGAGGAACAGAUCGACCCUGUUCGGCCGCGUGCUAGACGCCACCAGUCCGAUCACCUUCAGCUUCCUCAGGCCGAAACUGCGGGCCUCCUUGCUCCACCACGGUGGACGAUUCUGGAAUCUCCGGCCCAGAGACUUCAGGGAUCCCGACUGCGUUCGGAAAUUCAACAAUCCUCUGCUCUUGGGUUACAAUCUUUAGACACCGCGCUCUAUCAUGACUGGUCCCGAAUCAUUAUCGACUAUCCCAAAUCUACCAAACCAUUGUAAACGAUAUCGAGCGUGAAUAAAAAGAUGUGUCCUUUGAAA